AUGGCGUUCCAGAUAAUGUUUCAGCGUUCUGUUUCAAUAAGAAAAGACAGGGUUUUCCGAGAUCGGUCACACCCCUUAGACAUCUAUGACGACACGGAAUUGAUUCGACGCUACAGAAUGCCAAGAUGGUGUAUUCUUGAACUUAUUGAUACCUUGUCGAAUGACUUAGAGCCUCCCACAAUGAGGUCACACAGCAUUCCUGCAUCGCUGCAGGUUAUUGGGGACAUAUCAGGAAUAAGCCAACCCUCUGUGUCGAGGAUUGUUAAAAAAACAUCCAAAAUUCUGGCUCAAAAAGUAGGAAAUUAUAUAAAAUUCCCAGCAACACCUACAGAACAAUUGACAGUAAAGCAGGGCUUUUCCACGGAAUUCAACAUGCCCAACACUUUAGGCUGUGUUGAUGGAACUCUCAUUGCUAUAAAGCCACCAUCGGAAAGAGAAGAUGCCUACGUAUGCAGAAAGGGAUACCAUGCCAUCAACGUCCAGAGGGGUCAGCCUUACGUUGGGCAUCUCCUGGGGGAUCAGGCAUAUGCUUUGCGCCAGUAUCUUUUGACUCCAUUAAGAAAUCCUCAGACACAGGCUGACCGGGCUUUUAAUGUAGCUCAUAAAAAAGCACGACAAAGGAUAGAAGACACUUUUGGUCGUUGGAAAAGUCGAUGGCUCUGUAUUCACAAAUAUGGUGGACCCUUGACCGUUGCACUUCAGACUGCAGUGGAUGUUAUCACAUCUACUGCAGUGCUUCAUAACUUAUGUGAAAAGCAAGGGUUCCCUGUUGAAAUGCAGCAGGAUAACGACGACAAUGAUACCGACGAAAGAGUGGACAACGAUGUUCAGGAUCGAAGUGGACAACAGAUGAGGGCCAUGAUCAUCAGAGAUAGGUUUUAGAUUAAAAAGAAAACAGAGAUAACUACGAUGUCUAGAACUUAUUGUUCAUUUGUUUAAUGCCUUUUUUCUGGAAAAAUACAUUGUAUUUGCCAGAACUUUACAACUUACAUAUAUGCUGUUCAUAAUGAAUGGAACUUUUAUGUUUUGUAUGUACAUGCAAAUCAAAGAAAACAGUGG